AACAAAGGCGACAGUCGAGUGUAAGUACAUACAUGCUUCACAGGACAGCAUCUUUUUAAAACACAACUCAGUACGGUUCAAAAGCAUCUGCACUGCUUUUAGGGGGGGAAAAAAAAACAACAAUCCUCACAGUCUCAACCUCUGAAGGAAUGCAUAUUUUAACUUCUGGUGAAAAAUAACCUUUUCCUUUGUUUUGAGCCAGUUAGGGGUUCGCUCCAAAUAUAUUAAUUCUGGUACCGUCUAAAAGGGUCAAGGUGCUGGUGAGGGAUCAUUAAGGAUGCAGUUCUCGUUUCCUUGAACAACCAUCCUCUCUUCUCCACCUCCGCUGCUCCCACCCCGUUCCAGUCCACCCACAUGCCUCACCUGGGUUACAACGGUGGUGGCUCCUCCGGGUCAUCCCUACCUGGUUUAUGACUACAGCCCCUUUUGAUCCUUUGCCACAUUACAGCCAAUAAAGUCUUUUGACAAUGCCAAACAAAACAAAAAACCACUCUUCAUAAAACCCUUCAUGGCAUCCAUGGCAAAAGGCAAAAAUCUGGAAUCAAGCCACUCCAUCUUCCACCAUCAGCCUCUCAACCAGCUCUCCGACCUCUAAUUACGUUGCUUUCCCGUGGCAUCCUUAGAGUCCAGGCACACUGUCAUAUCACUGCAAAAACAUGUCAAUCUCCCCAUCUUGGGGCCUUCAAGAGCUGUUUCCUGUUUUCUCUACAUGGAAAAUAAUAUCCCCCACACCAUCCCCCUUCAUAUCUCCCAACAUUCAUGGUGGCUCAUUCCUGGAAGAUACCACCCAUCACACCAUCCGUCCCCUGCGGUCUCCCCCAUCCACAGUGGCUCACUCCUGGAAGAUACCAUUCCCCUAACAACAUUCACUCUUUGCAUCUCCCCUAAACCUUGCUGAUUCCUGCCAUACCAUUCCCCAACGUCACUCCCCUAUACUGUCUACACUCAUCCACUGCACCUCAUUCCUGGAAGCUACCUGUCAUAUCAUUCACCCUUCCCAUCUCUUCCCACAGUCACUAUGGCUCGUUCCUGGAAGAUACCAUGCCUCCAUAUCAUCCCUAUUCCUGUCUCCUAUCCACCGUCACUGUAGCUCAUUGCCAGAAAAUACCAUUCCCUAGACCACGUGUCCUUCCUGUAGUUCCCCCCCCCCUUAACCACAUACCUGAGUCACUGUGGUUCCUUCCUGGAAGAUACCAUCCUGCAACAGGCCAUCCACCCCUCCUAUUCCCCAACAUCUACUAUGGAUCAUUCCUGGAAGAUACCAUCCCACCAAACCACAUAUCCUUACUGUCCUCCCACCAUGCGCCGUGGUUCAUUCCUGGAAGAUACUAUCCUCCCACACUGUCUACUCUUCCUCAUCUGUCCCCACCCAUAUAGCUCAUUUGUGGAAGCAACCUUCCCAACACACCAACCACACCUCCUGUCUCCUCCCAUUCUCCUAUGGCUCAUUCCUGGAACAUACCAUCUUCCCACACUUUCCAACUUUCCUGCCUCCCCCAUCCACAAGUGGCUCAUUCCUAGAAGAUACCAUCUCACCACACCAACUGCUCAUCCUCUCCCCUGCCACCCAUUAUUGUUUACUUCUGGAACAUAUCAUCCCCACACACCAUCCCUCCUUCCUGUGUCUCCUACCCACUGAGGCUCAUUUCUGGAAGAUACUAUGCUCCCACAUGACCCACCCUCCCUGUCUCCCCCCACAGUCACUGUAGCUUAUUCCUGGGUGAUUUCCUCUCUUCACCCUCUUCCUCUCUCCUCUCCAUCCACCACGGCUCAUUCCUGGUGGACACCAUUCUCCCAUACCAUCCAGCUUUCCCAUCUUCCUCAUUUACUGUGGCUCAUUCCUGGAAGAUAUCACUGCCCACCCCCCCAAACACACACACACACACACACACACACACACACACACACACACACACACACACUCUUCCUGUCUACUUCCAUGGAUUAUGGCUCAUUCCUGGAAGGUAACAUUCUCCACCACAUCCAUCUUUGCCGACUCCCCCCAUCCAUGUGCUUCAUUCCUGGAAGACACCAUCCACCCUCACUACCCACUCUUCCUAUCUCCCCCCAUCUAUAUGGCUCAUUCUUAGAAGAUACCAAUCCAACCUUCAUGUCUCCCCCUAUAACCUAUGGCUCAUUCCUGGAAAAUAUCAUCCCCUCAGCCACCAUCAACCGUCCUGUCUCCGCCCGCCCCCAUACACUGUGGCUCGUUCCUGGAAGAUACCAUCCUUUAACCUAUGAUCAUCCCAGAUGAUAACUGUCACCACAUCAUCCAGUCUUCCGGUACCCCUCCCCCACCUCCAUCACUACUGUUCCUUCCUGGAAGAUAAAUUUCCCCUCCAGCCAUCCACCCUUCCUCUCUCCCCCUACAGUGGUUCGUUCCUAGAAGAUACCAUCCCCUCACCCCUCAACUAUUUCUACUCUUCCUAUAUCCCCCCAUCAAUUGGUGCAUUCUUGGAAGAGAGUAUCCACCACAUCAACCGUCCUUUCAGUCUCCCCAGUCAACUGGCUCAUUCCUGGAAGAUAUCAUUCCCCCCAACACUAUAUAGCCUUCCUGUCUCUCCUAUCCACUGAGGCUCAUUCCUGGAAGAUACCUUGCUUCCACAUCAUCUAGCCUUCCUGACUCCCCCCCCACCCCCACCCCAUAGUCACUGUAGCUCAUUCUUUGAUGAUACCAUCUUUUCAUACCAUCCUCUCUUCCCUAUCUCCCCCAAUCCACUAUGGCUCAUUCCUGGAAGAUACCACUCCCUCAACACCAUCCACUCUUCCUGACUACCUCCACAGACAAUGGCUCUUCCUGGAAGAUGCCAUCCCACCAUCCAUCCAUCUUUACUGCUGUCUUCUUCCCCCUACCCACCAUCCACCAUGGCCUAUUCCUGGAAGAUACCAUCCUCCCACACCAUCCUCUCCUCCUCCCCCAUCCACUGUGGCUCAUUCCAUCUGGUCACACCAUCAACUCUUCCAGCCUACCCCCUUCCACCAGCUCCUUCCUGGAAGAUACCAUCACCACACACAAUCCUCCUUUCCUGCCCCCCCACCCCCAUCCAUGUCACUCAUUCCUAGAAGAUAAAAUCUACCCAUACCAUCCAUCCUUCCUGUCUCCCCCCCACCCAUGUGGCUCAUUCCUGGAAGUUACCAUAGCCUCACAACAUCCAGCCUUCCUAUUUCCCCAUCCACUAUGGUUCAUUCUUGGGAGAUACCAUCCUCCCACACCAUACUCUCUUUGUUUGUCCCCAUCCAUUUGGCUCCUUCCUGGAAGAUACCAUCACCCCACAAGAUCCAGCUUUCCUAUCUCCCACUCCCCCAUCCAAGUGGCUCAUUCCUGGAAAAUACCAUUCCUACACACCAUCCAUUGUGCCUCAUUCCUGGAACAUACCAUCCAGCUUUCCUGUCUCCCCCAUCCACAGUGGCUCAUUCCUGGAAGAUAUCAUUCCCCCACACCAUCAACCUCUCUUGUCUCCCUCCAUGGAUUAAGCUCACCCAUGGAAGAUACCAUCCCACCAAACAUCCAUCUUUGUCUCCCCCAGUCCACCGUGUUCCAUACCUAGAAGAUACCAUCCCCUCACAUAUUUCAUUCUUACUCUCUCCCCCCCAUCAACUGGGUCAUUCUUGGAAGGUACCUUCCCCCCACACCAUCCAGCCUUUUUAUCUACUGGCAUACACUGUGGCUCAUUCAUGGACGAUACCAUCUGCAUACACCAUCCAACUUUCAUUUCUCCACCCUUCCACUGUGGCUCAUUCCUUGAAGAUACCAUUCUCCCACACCGCUCACCCUUUCUGUCUCUCCCCAUCUGCUAUGGCUCACUCCUGGAACAUGUCAUCUCCAUACUAUCCAUCCAUCUGCUCUCCCCCCAACCACUGUGGCACAUUCCUUGUAGAUUUCAUAUUCCCACAUCAUUCUCCCUUCCUGUCUGUCCCCAAAUACUAUGGUUCAUUUCUGGAAGACACUUCCUUCCACACCAUCCAUCUUUCCUCUCUCUCUCCCUCAUCGACUUUGUGGCAUUCCUGGAAGAUACCUUGUCCUCCACACCAUCCACCCUUCCCUAUCUCCUUCCAUCCUCUGUGACUCAUUUUUAGUUGGUGCACUAAGUCCUUGGUUUAUGUUUAAAGAUGGCUGCAUCCGGGAAUCUCUUCCUUACCCUUAGAGGUCAAGAUCCCUGCUACAGUCACUCUAGUAGCAUUAUGGAAUUAUGUGCAUAAUGUCAGUCUCUCCUGCUAGAAGAAUACUAACUCCAUGAGUUUAGGGGCCAUGCCUAACACAUUCACCACAAUUCCUCACCGAUGGCUACAGUGCCUUCACAUAGCAGCCCCAGAAAGCUGACUAAACAACCUGUAGCUCAACUCAUUACACAGGUUCUGACUGAAAAUAUUAUAAAAUUUAUGUUUUUCAUUAAUAUAAACUAGCUUGCCUUCGGUUCCAUGUUUUUCUACAUCUGUAUGGAAUUACUUUAAUAUCUUUCCAAAUUGCUUCUGUAGCUGACUGCUAUAUAAUUUGAAUACACAAUUACUUAUUUUAUUGCAAAUCACAGAGCCCUUUCAUUAAAAACAUUCUACUUCAUUCACCUCCUCUUUUUUUUUAUGUUUUAGAUUCAUUUUAUGUUCAAACUCCCUCUGAAGUGUUUAAAGUUCCUUCAAAGUUGCCACUGACUGAAAGAUCAUUAGGUUUCCUCUUAACUUUUUUCCUAUAACUUAUUAAGAAAAACACUGCAGGGGUGCCUGGCUGGCUCAGUCGGUGGAGUGUGCAACACUUGAUCCUGGGGUUGUGAGUUCAAGCCCCAUGUUGGGUGUAGAGAUUACUUAAAAAAUCAAAAUCUUAAAAAAAAAAA